CACACUGUGGGGACCAAGCUAAAGACUAAACAGUCAAAUGUACGGGUACCAUCGAUGAAACCCUAUGAAAUUCACCUGUGUGAACUCCGGCGCCUCACCACCUCUCGCAGCAGAGUCGUUUAUAAAGGAGGAGCGCUACGAGAGCAGACAAAAAAACGGAGGGGGUUUGAAUGCCAGUGUGCGUGAUCUACACCUCACACUCCUGAGUCACACAGGUCGGCAUCUUGUAAAACGGAUUGAGAAACGGUCUUCUUGUGUCUGAGUAAAGGACAAACUUUUGUAUUCUUUGUGAAAAUAAAGAGAAAAGGGCACAGUAUUCAAAGUCAAACGCAUCUUUUGCAUUUGUUAUUCGGCUGUCAAAAAGUCAAUGCGCACAGUCUCUUGUGAGGAAUCCUGAGUUGUGUAGCCUACUAUGAUUUGAAAGAAGAAACCCAAACUUAACUGAGACAGUUGCCUAACUGACAGGAUGAAGAAUAUCUGCUUGUUGGACAUCAUGAUCAUCCUCUGGGCUCUGUGCUCCUCGAAGGUGAUAGGUCAAUGUGAUGAACCGGCCGAGAACUCCAAGCUCAACCUCUCUGUGACCUACCACCUGCCCAUCUUCGAGGCCGACUCCGCUAUACAGAACCUGGUCACCUUCGAGGGGACGGUUUACGUUGGUGCUGUGAACAGGAUCUAUGCGCUGUCAGAGAACCUGACCAAGCUGUCGGAGUACUGGACCGGGCCAGUGUCAGAUGCUGGUGUCGAAAGGCAAUGUGGCCCAAGUAGCCAGGAUGGAGCUGCUGGCAAGCCCAACGCUGUGUUGGACAACAAUAACAUGGCCCUGCUGGUGGAGCGUUACUAUGACGAUGAGCUGUUCAGCUGCAGCUCCGCGGAUGCCGGUGUCUGCCGUCGCCACUUGCUGGUGGAGAGAGGGAAUGUUUACAAGGAGGUGAACUGUAUGUAUUCACCCAAGACAGAUGAUGGAGGACAGCAGGGCUGUCCCGACUGUGUUACCAGCCCCCUGGGUUCCCGUGUGCUCAACAUGGUGAGCGGAGGCGUGGUACGGUUCUUCGUGGGGAACUCGGAGAUCACUGGAACUGGAAGUACGUCCCGCAUGACCUCCGACCCCCAGGCCCAGCAGCCACAGCACCACACCAUCUCAGUGCGUCAGAUGAAAGAAACCCAAGAUGGCUUCCGUUUCUUCUCCGACCAGUCCUACAUGGACCUGGCCCCGGGCCUCCGCGGCGACCACCACCUGCGUUACGUCUACUCCUUCCAGAGCGGCAGCCACGCCUACUUCCUCACCGUGCAGCGUGAGGGCCGCAGCUCGCAGGUCUACCACACCCGCAUCGUCCUGUGCGGCACCGACCCGGAGCUGCGGCGUUAUGUGGAGAUGCCCUUUGAGUGCAUCCUGACGGAGAGGCGGCGGCGGCGGCGCUUGGCCAGCGUCGAGGUGUUUAAUGUCCUCCAGGCAGCCCAUGUGGCCGAGGCGGGCAGCGAGCUGAGGCAGGAGAUGGGGCUGAAGGAAAGGGAGGACGUGCUGUUUGCUGCCUUCGCCCGAUCCAAGCCAGACUCCCCGGAACCCACGGCCAGCUCGGCCGUCUGCGUCAUCUCACUGGCAGACGUCAACAACUUCUUCAAGGAUUUCAUCCAGAAGUGCCACACCAAGCAGCCAUACCACUUCACCGGCUCCGAGGAGAAACGCUGCUACAACGGGAGUUCCUCAGACGACUCGUUUGGCUGUGGGAAGCACGGGGAGGGAUACCGUCUGGAAGUGACCACCCCAAUGACCAGACUGGACUACUUCAGCGGUCAAUUCAGCAAAGUCCUGCUGACCUCCAUUGCCGUGGCAACCACACAGGAACAGACCGUGGCCAGCCUGGGCACCACAGAUGGACGCCUCAUACAGGUGGUAGUUUCCCGUUCCAAACGCAGCACGCCCCACGUGGACUUCCGCCUGGACCCCUCACGCUCUGUUUCCCCCGAGGUGGCACUCCUGUUCCCACAGGGCCACACUGGCUCUCCACAGCGCAGCCAGGAUGGCUCCCUAUUGUUGGUGACAGGAAAUAAGAUCACCAAGGUGCCUCUGAUUGGUCCUGGCUGUGAGCAGCAGUGGACGUGUAGUUCCUGCUUGCUGGCGCCGAGGUUUAUGGGAUGUGGCUGGUGUGGCGGCCGUUGCACCAGGUUGGCCCAGUGUCACCCAACCUCCCUCUGGACCCAGGACUCCUGCCCUCCCAUCAUCACCAUGAUCUCCCCAGCCAACGGCCCCCUGGGAGGAGACACCAAGGUGACGGUGUGUGGGAGGAACUUUGGCUUCAACAAGACAGAGAGGUUUGACCAUACACUCAUCAGCCUGGACCUGGCUGGAGCACCAUGUAAACUUCUGAAACGAGAGAGCAACAGUUACAGGUUGGUGUGUGCUCCGGUGUCUCCUGUGAACUCGUCUCAGGCUAGCAAUGUGGUGAAGGUCCACAGUGGAAAGGAGAUGGCCCAACAACAGGGCUUCACCUUCGUGAACCCAGUGAUCAGAGAGAUCUUCCCUGUGUUUGGCCCUAAGUUAGGAGGAACCAUGCUCACCAUCAGAGGCUCUUUCUUAGACAGCGGAAACACCAGACAGGUCACUGUGGGAAACGCCACCUGUGAAAUCCUGAGAGUAUCAGGUACUAUGCUGAUGUGCAAGACCCCUCCCCAGUCGGCCCCAUCCCGCCAGGCGGUGUAUAUGAAGGUGGACUCUGUUGUCCGGGAGGCUCCUGUACUCUUCACCUACAACGAAGACCCUCUCAUCUCCUCCAUCCAGCCCACAAGAUCCUUUAUCAGUGGAGGCAGCACGGUGGUGGCCCAGGGCUUCUACCUUCACUCUACUCUCCAGCCUCAGAUGGUGCUCAUCCCCACAGCCCAGGAAGGCACGGUCUUCACUGUGAACUGCAUCAAGGGUGAGGACAGGCUGGCCAUCCUGUGUACCACCCCGUCCCUGAAGGACCUGGGUCUGCAGACUCCUGUGGUCACCAAGGUGGCGUUCGUCCUGGAUGAUUUCUCCACGCCCCAGUUUGACCUGCUGUUUGUAGAGGACCCUCGCUUCGAGGACUUUCAGAGACCCACCGUCACAUCAAAGGGCAACAAGAGCAUUCUAGAGAUUAAGGUGCCAGGCCGUGUGGAUGUGGAGGCGAUGAAGGGGGAGGUGCUGAAGGUGUCUAACAGAACCUGUGAGAGCGUGACUGUGGUGGGGAACACUCUGGAGUGUACUGUCCCCAUGGAGCUACGGGACGCAACCAACGAAUUGGAGGUGGAGUGGCGUCAGGCGUCGUCCUCGGUGAGUCUGGGCAGGGUGAUGUUGGCCCAUGAGCAGGACUACAGAGGGCUGCUAGCUGGCUGUGUGUGUGUCAGUCUGCUGCUGAUGAUGUUGCUCACUCUGUUCCUCUGGAAAAGGAGGAACAAACACAUUGACGAUCUGGCUGAGGGUAAGGUUUGGUAUGACGGCAGGGCUCACAUUCAGCACUUGGAUAUGUUGGCUAAUGCCCGGAGCGUCAGCCCCACUAACGAAAUGGUGUCCCACGAGUCUUUGGACUAUAGAACCACCCUGCUGGAGGACCAGGGCGUGGAGAGGCCAGAAUCAUGCAGGGGGGCUCCCCCUAUCUACGGGAGCCAUGGGGAGCUGCUGUCCCCCAGAUUGGGGCUCGGAGGCAUGGGUCUGGGGGCAGAGGGGGAGCUGGUGUCCCCUCUCCUGUCGGCCCCGGUCCACAUCGACCCGUCCCAGCUGCACCCUGACCUCCUGAAGGAGGUUCAACAUGUGGUCAUCGCCAGAGAGCAUCUGCUGUUACAUUUUAACCAGGUCAUCGGCAGAGGACACUUUGGCUGUGUGUUCCAUGGUACCUUGUUGGAGGCUGACGGACAGAAGCAGCACUGUGCCAUCAAGUCUCUCAACCGGAUUACUGACCUGGAGGAGGUGUCUCAGUUCCUAAAGGAGGGGAUCAUCAUGAAGGACUUCAGCCACCCCAACGUGUUGUCUCUCCUGGGGAUCUGUCUGCCCCCUGAGGGCUCUCCUCUGGUGGUGCUGCCAUACAUGAAGCACGGAGACCUCAGGAACUUUAUCAGGGAAGAGACACACAACCCAACAGUGAAGGACCUGAUGGGCUUUGGUGUGCAGGUGGCCAGGGGCAUGGAGUAUCUGGCCAGCAAGAAGUUUGUCCACAGAGACCUAGCUGCCAGGAACUGCAUGCUGGAUGAGACCUACACAGUGAAGGUGGCAGACUUUGGCCUGGCCAGGGAUGUGUAUGAAAAGGAGUACUACAGCAUCCACAGCAAGAGUGGAGUCAAACUACCGGUCAAGUGGAUGGCCCUAGAGAGCCUGCAGACACACAAGUUCACCCCCAAGUCAGAUGUGUGGUCGUUUGGCGUGUUGCUAUGGGAACUGAUGACCCGGGGAGCCCCGCCCUACUCGGACGUCAACUCUUUUGACAUCACAGUGUUCCUACUGCAGGGGAGACGCCUGCUGCAGCCAGAGUUCUGCCCCGACGCACUGUAUAACGUGAUGGUUGAGUGCUGGCACCCUAGACCGGAGCGGAGGCCUACCUUCUCAGAGCUGGUGUCCCGUAUCAAGUCCAUCUUCUCCAGCUUCAGUGGAGAGCACUACAUACUUCUCAACACCACCUAUGUCAACAUCGACAAGAUGACCCCCUAUCCCUCACUCAUUUCCUAUUCCUCAUCCUCGUCCUCUUCCUCCACCCGUCAGGGCCACCCCCUGGAGCGAGACUGUUGCACCUGAUGGGGGAUGGGGGUGGAGAGAGAGAGAGAGAAGAAAAGAAAAGAGUGAUGGAAGAAAGGAGAGGAAAUGAGAUGAAAGGAUGAGAGGAAAAAUAAUGAGCUUGACAGAGAGAAAGAAAGAGGGAGUAAAUAGUGGGCUUGAGGUGGUGAAGACUUUGGGUCACUGGAGAACGAGUGUAUGUGACUAACAGACAGACACUGGACAAACUCGUUGACUGAGAAAAGACAGUUUGAGGAUACUGACCUGUGCCGUGCGUUCAGUACGUAUGUAAUGUGUAUAUAUACUGACCGAUGAGUGUACGCUUGAGGCCUUUAUGAACUGUGAGGAUGACCUUGGUCUGCCUCUGCUCGGCAACCUAGAACAUGCUCUAGAAUAUCUAAUCACCUUUGACCCUGGUAUGACCCUGGAGCCUGAGUUCAGGAGGUCAGGCCUCUUGUCUCUAUCGCAGACAAUUUGGAGACAUGGGAGAACCUUUUCAAAGAACAAAGCCUCAAGAAGCACAUUGUGUGUAUGAAGUACAAGUGAAUGAUUUGAACGAUUCCUUUCCCCAACGAGGGGACCGGUGGAUUUUGGAGACAUUUUGGAGACAUUUCUGCUUGUUACUGGGUGGCAUGUGCUUGGAGAUAUGGCAAGUGCCAGGCUCCAGCUCUUCUUUUUCUCUAUGUCAAUGAAAGGUGGUGUAUUGUAAAGAAACAUGUUACACCUUCCUACUGUCACUGAAUGCCCCUCUCCUCCCACUUCUCUUCGCAUUCCUCCCUCCAAGCUCCCUGCGCACCGGGACUGAAGGAAGACAAAUGAUGCCUGCUUUGCCAUUACAAUGUGUGCUCCAGCCUCCAGGUGAUGUUCUCAAUGACUGAGGUGGUGAAGAGUAGCUGGUAAGAGGACCAAUCUGCCACCCGGCCCGUGCGGUGUGUAGCAGCUACACUGGAUACUUCUUAAAGUGUAAUAAUCUUUGAUGAUUCCCUUUUGAUAUGCUUCGUUUUAAAUGUCUCGCUGCUUUGUUGCCGUGAGUGACUCACCUAUUAGUAAUCUGCAGAUGUUUCCCAGUUGAAAAGUGUUUAUUUUUUGUAUUUUGGGAGGUAACACUGACGUGGAAAACGGCCUGUCAUAAUGUCUACAUAGCAUGUGUCAUAACGGUUUGUGAAAGCUCAGCCUGAAAACGGACAUAAUCUUUGUGUCUUCAGACAGUCAAAUGGGGGAAAUUGGAGACACGUUUGAACGUUUGAUGCGUUUGGGCAUCAUAAUAAUAGUGUUAUGUCAGUUGAGAAAAGUACUUUUUCUGUCAAUCAUGAUAGUAUUCGUACAAUAGCUACUUCAGCAUUUUGAAAGACCGCUUCAAUGUUAAAAUGUUACCAUUUUGCCUUUCCUUUGUGAAGCGUUUGGAUUUUUACUAUGACUGCUGUGAUGUAAUUAAUGAUAAGGCCAGCAAUGGACAGAUAUGAAUGUUUGUUAAAAUAAAUGUUUAAAAUGCUGUACUAUAUUUUUUAGAAUGCCUUUAUGAUGAAAAUGAGCCUCAAUCAAUAUUGGUCCAAUGGAAUGCAAUAACUGAGCAGUGGUGCCACAACAAUGAACAAGUCCACUAAACUAACUAGAAGAACCACUGCCUUUUGUACAAAAUGAUAUUAAAAGGCUAGCACCUUUGUGGAGGUGUCUUCUAUAUGUAGGAUUUAACUGGUAAACGUGUGUGUAUAUACUUUAUGACAGGUUGUAGGUACAGCACAGUACAAACAAACUAAAGAUACUGUACAGUCAUUGAACAACUGGAGCUAGCAGGUUCACUUCCUUCACUAUAGACUUCAAUGUUUUCUAUUGGUUACUAGAUUGCUUGUAAAUCCAUGAAUUGGUCCAUGUUUCUCACUGUCUGUGCAGUGUGAGUGUCUGUAUGAGCACUGUUACGGGUUCGUCUAUGAAAAUAAUGAUGGUACAUAUGUUGUUAAGUCGUUAUGCCGUCUGACAGUCUCAGUGUAAUAAAGCUAUAGUAUCAGUGUGA